AUUCGCUCGCUCAUCGCGCCCCUGAACGGACCGUCCGCUCGCUGCUCCCCUGGAAAAGGAUCUCCCGUGCUUCGUUGUCUUCGAGCCCGCUGUCCAAACCACCGUCAGGCAUCAUGUCGGAAGCAGAGGUGAGCAAGCCCGCAGCCACUCCCAAGGGGAAGCCCGGUCGCAAGGCCGGCACCGGUGCCAAGAAGGCCAAGAAGCCCGCCAACCACCCCAAGUACACCGAGAUGGUCAAGGAGUCCAUCGAGUCCCUCAAGGAGCGUGGCGGUUCUUCUCGCCAGGCCAUCCACAAGUACAUCUGCUCCCAUUUCGACGUCGGCAAGGACACCAAGGUGGUGAACACGCAUCUCAAGUUGGCGCUCAAGCGCGCCGUGUCCUCCGGACUCCUGAAGCGCUCCAAGGGCACGGGCGCGUCUGGGUCCUUCCGGAUUGCUGACAAGGUUCCUGCGGGCGGCGCGGCCAAGAAGGCGACCAAGCGGGUGGCCAAGAAGCCGGCGUCUGCGAAGCCGAAGAAGGCGGCGGCCAAGCCCAAGGCAGCGAAGUCCCCGGCGAAGAAGGCGGCGGCCAAGCCCAAGGCUGCCAAGACGUCGGUGAAGAAGGCGACGACAGCUAAGCCUAAGGUCGCCAAGAAGCCCAAGUCGCCCAAGAAGGCGAAGUCGCCCAAGAAGCCCAAGGCCAAGAAGGCGACACCCAAGAAGGCCGCCAAGAAAUGAGCUUCUCGGCGUCCUUGUCAUCAUCACAACCAUCAUCCUCAUCCAUCAUGCCCAUUGACUUCGAUCAGCGAUCACCUGUCAUCAUCCCAUCGUAUGCCAUCGGAAGACCUCACCUUCAUUCGCCAUCUCGGAAGUCAUCAGAUGGCCGCCGUCUCGUCUGCUAACGGUGCGGCGCUCCCGAAGUCAUCUUGUAAAUACUUGUUUAUUUUUUUUCUUAUGUCAUCGCCAUUUCAUUUGUGUGUGUAAAUUAUACUUUUCAUUUGGCGGAGAUCUUGGUGAUUUACCUCCCAAGUUCUGGCUUGCUUCUAAAAGCUUGCGAGUAUAUUUUUUUUUCCCCUCGCAUCAUUGUGAUUGUCUCAUCUGCGAAUGUUGUCGCAAUAAAUGGAGAUUUUUUUUAUGCAAAGUGAAAA